UAGAACUCUCCGCUAUAUCUAUUACUGGGUAACUGUCUCCCCAGGUUGGAGGGUGUACCACCAUCACAUACACACUCCCGGUCUCGGAAGUUUAAUUGAUUUAAGGACAUCUGUAUUAAACAGCCAUCAGCUGCCUCCACGAGUCCGGAAGAACCACCUAGUUAGAAAUAGCAUACUACUUGCUGUCUGACGUCCUCUCUGCCCCUGUCGCUCCAUCUCUCUUUUUCUUUCUCUUUCUAGCUCACACACGCGCGCGCACCUUCCUCUAUCACACACUAACACUGGGAAGUUUGAUUGCGUUGGCUCGUGGUCAAGAAGACAGCGUUUUUAACGGAAUCAGCCAGUCGAUGUCAGAGAGACCAUCCCUCUCCUGGCCCGGAACAGGGCACCCUCGAACCGUUUAACGGAUACCGGGACAGCCAACGAGCAGGUUCUUGGCUCCGCAGCGGGUCCUGUUUCGCAUGGACAGCUGUUAUUAGCGGGGAACUUUCUUUCCAACUCUUGCUCCUUUCAGAGAGGAUGUUAACGUUAUCAGUACAUUUCACAUGAAAACACCCCGUCAGAGUGUGUGUGUGAGUGCGUCUGUGCGUGCCUGUGUAACCUACUAUAUGUGUGUGUGGUUUCAAAUGAAGACCUGAGUUCGUGUGUGUGUUUCUGGGUUCGUGUGGCGCGGCUCUGGUUUUUGGAUUAUUAACCGGCGAGGAGCAGUGUUGGAGAUGUGUCUCUGUUUUACCGAUUUACCUAUUUAUUUAGCCGUUAACGGCUGAACCGGACAGCUCGCAUUCGACUCGUGACUUCAGGAUUACUGCUCUGGAACCUGCCAUGAUUCUGCUGAACCUUCUCAGCGUGCUGGUUCUGCUGGGGUGUGUGUGUGUGGUGUGUGUGUGGGGGCAUGGAUGGAGGGAGCCGCUGGACUGUGUGCGGGCGUUAGAGCUGUGUAACGGGGACAGCCAGUGCAGCUCCAGCUACAGGAUCAUGCGCCAGUGCCUGUCAGGCGGGGCGCGGGAUCGCCAGACCAUGCUGGCUGGCAGAGAGUGCCAGGGGGCCAUAGAGAUCCUACAGGACUCGUCGCUCUACGAUUGUCGCUGUAAGAGAGCCAUGAAGAAGGAAUUACAGUGUCUGCAGAACUACUGGAGUAUACACCAGGGCCUGACAGAGAGCGGAGAGGACUUCUAUGAGAUGUCACCCUAUGAGCUCCACGAAUUCUCAGAAGAGUUUAGACACGCCUCCAUCAUCUCAGACUCUUCUCUGUCCAAGGCCAGCCCAUGUUCGGAGCCAGGGAAACCCUGUAACCCAUGUCUCGAUGCAGCCAAGGCUUGCAACCUCAAUGAAACCUGCAAGAGACAACGCUCCAAUUACAUCGCUAUCUGCAACAAGCUCUCUCAGCCCUCACUGGCCAACCAGGAGCCUUGCAGCCGCAAACGAUGUCACAAGGCGCUGCGUCAGUUCUUUGAGCGUGUGCAGUGGGAGCUGAGUUACCCCCUGUUGUUCUGCUCGUGUUCGGACCAGGCCUGUGCUGAGAGACGUAGACAGACCAUUGUACCUGCCUGCUCCCACCAGGAGAAACACAGACCCUCCUGUCUAGAGCUACGACGCGCCUGCCGCUCCGAUGCACUCUGCAGAUCAAGACUGGCUGAUUUCCAUACGAACUGUCAGAUGACUGGUCACUCCAUCACCAGCUGUCCCCAUGAUAACUACCAUGGCUGCCUCAUGGCCUACGUAGGCCUUAUUGGGUCUGAUGUGACUCCUAACUACAUGGACAGCAGUCCCAGUAACAGCACCAUCUCUCCCUGGUGCUCCUGCAGAGGGACUGGCAACCAGGAAAAUGAGUGUGACGCCUUCCUCAGAGACUUCACACACAACACCUGCCUCAAGAAUGCCAUCCAGGCAUUUGGCUAUGGUCCAGAGGGGAGUGUACUUCCUGUUAUAGAGUCUUUGGCCACGCCCUUUCCUCCCAUACAGCCACCACUCAACUCUAAGCCCGCCCCCUCGCUCCAUGCCAAUGAAAUCAAGCCUCAGGACAGCACCUGUGUCUUCUCAACCUGCGCCAACCUUAAGGAUGGAGAACAAAAGUGCAUUCCCUCCAAUGACUUUGAGUGUGAAGAGGCGUUAUUGGCACAGGGUUCUAAGGGAGAAGAGGGUAGAGCCCAGCACUCUGCAGCAGCCCCUGGAACCCUGAUUGUGAGAGAGUGUGUGAGUGUGUGCAUGUCCAUGUUGGGGCUUCUGCUCCAGGCUCUGUAGUACACACGUACACUCCUGACUGCUGACCUCGAAACCCUGUCCUCGGGGUCAGACAGGAAGCCCAAAAGCCACCCGCAGGAAGUUCUGUGACAUCACAUCCUCCACUACCAUGUCAAAACAACAACAUCGACAGAAAAACUGAGCGGAGAUGAAAGCAGAGUCGAAGAAAUGAGGAAAGGUAUUGGAGAGGAGAAGUGAUGAGAUGAGAUGAGGAGGAGACGAGAGAGAGGACAGAGAAGAAACUGGCACUCAUUCUACAGAGAGACAAAGAGAGAGAGAGAGAGAAGGAGACAGACACUGGAUGGAUGAUUCUACACAUGCCCUGUCCUAUCCUCCCACCCUGAACACUGAGGACUCUCAGGUCUGCAUUACGACCCUUUGUCAUGGUGUUUCUGAGUGUAUAGACACUUUGGCUGAGACGGUAGUUCUGAUGUCUAACUGAUAGAGUGCAGAAUGAGUUGGCGAAGUGUGCUGCCAAAAGACGCACUUCCUAAAAAUCUGAUGGGACACUGCACCUCCAGAAAUUCAUCCUCAUAUGCAUUUUAAAAUAAACUGUAAACAGGGUGCGAAUUACGGGGGAGA